UGACUGUCGCUGUGUUUAAAAUAAAUUGUUGUCUGUUGCCAAGUUUACGGAAAUAGACUGGUUGCUACAUAAUACAAGAUGGCAGUUCCAUUUGACAGAAUUCCUGAUUCACUUGGUUACCUUGUGUUAACAGAGGAUGGUGCUGUGGUAAAUUCUGGCGGUGACUUGGAGAAUAAGGAGGAUGUUGCCAAUCAGUUUAUGAACAUCAUUCAGACUGCUCUGCGGAUACCGUUGUCCUCCAGCAAGAAAGAUAAAUUCAAGAAACUUUCAAUUGUCUGGGACAAUUUCAUGUAUGUGAUAACCAUCUCUGCCCACAAGAUAUACAUCUGUAAGAGGCGGUUUAUUCCCCCUGAUGCGGCGAUGGCUUGAUGGGCUUAUACUGGAACAUAUAGAGAAGAAAAUGUUCAUUAAACAAAGGCAUUCUGUUAUCAGUGUACCAGGACACUGUAUGUGUGUGUUUGUGUAAACUAUUGUUUACGAGAUUAUUAUUUUAAUUUUAUUUAAUCUUUAUUAACUGUUACAGCCAUGCAAACUGUACAAUGGUCAUACUGUCAGAGAUUUAGCACAGUUGCAAAGUAUACUACUUGGAUAAGACCUUUGCACUUAUUAUAUUGCUUUCUUUCUUUGAAGGCUUGCAUUUAUUGGCUGUGAUCGGCAUUAUUAUUUUCAAAUAGCAUAGCUCAUGUGUGAGGCCUUUUAUUUAUUUUGUAAAGUAAAAACUAAUCUAAAAUGAUAUCAACAAAAAAAUUAACUCUGGAAUGAUUUUUUGCGCACAUUCAAGGUAGCUAAACGACUGAAAUGGUACAUAUAUAUCCAAAUAUAGAACAAAUAUAUACUAGACCCCAAUUUCUUGAAACUUCUUCAGGUUUUCAGGCUUAAGAAGCUUAUUUCAAUAAGCCAACAAACAUACUUAAAUUUGAUUUUGAUAAAUGAGAAAUGGCUUAUUGUAAUUUUCAUAAAAAUAAUUCCUAUUUAAAGUUUAAGAUAUCUUAGAGGAGUAAAUAUAUCACAAACUAUAGGAAAAACAGAAAUAGUGAGUUUAGCUUAAACCUGUUUUAAGAUACUUAAGAAGUUUCGAGAAAUUGGGGCCAGUUCUUUAAGUUUUCACUUGCAGGAAUGCAGGUGUCCACAGAAAUCAGUAUCUCUGUAAAAUGCCAACUAUUAUAUCUUUUUAUCAAUAUACACAAAAUGUUAUAUGACUAAUGUUGCAAUAAAAUUGACUUCA